GCACCGUUCGCAUCGUUCUGCCUGCGUCGUCGUCGUCCUGCGUUUCAAGCGCGCGCGUCGAAAGAGUGUCGUUUGUGAAUUCAGCUGGUGUUGCGCGGGUGGUGACUUUGUUGUUGUUGGUGGUGCUGUUGCUGUCAUUCUUCACCGGCUUAGCAUAACUGCUGCUGCUGACCCGGCAGACAUUCUGGACCAUCGACGGUGAAUGUGAAGAUUUGGCGUUAUUUGACGUCAAACAGCUCGAGUGGGAAUAUUUGAGGAUUCCCGAUUUUGUGGAUGAUUGAUCAGUGAAGAUAUCAAAUUUUAAGACCAACACAAUGUUCCGCUCAACCACACUCGUCCUGCUUACCGCAGUCGUGCAGCACUGCUCGGGCCAGGCCCAGAUCACGGCACUGGACUCGCCACUGUUCGUGGCUCAGUUCCGCAACUUUCGCAACCUGGCGUUCAACUUCAUCGGCACCACCGGCGACAAUGCGAACAAAUUCAAGACCAACUACCGGCAAGGGAAAGUGCAGCCCCAGUUCCCAGCCGACGCGCCGUUUUUCUGCAACACGACCGGAAUGCGCAGCCCGACGGUACCGACCUCGGUGGACGCACUCCGGCCGGGCGAUAUCGACGUCGUCGGGGCCAUCGGCGAUUCGCUGACGGCCGGAAACGGAGCCAUGGCCACGAACCUGCUGGAGGUGUUUGUUGAGAACAAGGGACUCUCGUGGAGCAUCGGCGGACAGGGCACGUGGCGGCAGUUCCUGACGGUGCCGAAUAUACUGAAGGAGUACAACCCGGCCCUGUACGGGUAUCCGAUCAUGGACACGCUUUCGACGCGGAAGGCUUCGCGUUUCAACGCCGCCGAGGCCGGUGGCAUGAGCCAGGACAUCCCAACUAUGGCAAAGAACCUGGUGAAGCGCAUGCUCUCUGAUCCCAAAGUGGACAUCCAAAACCACUGGAAGCUAAUCACGCUGCUGAUUGGAGGAAACGACUUUUGCUCCAACAUGUGCUACCUGAACCCACCGGAAAAGGCCCUCAAAUAUCACGAGCAAAAUCUGCUAGCUGUGUUGCGGAUUUUCCGCGAGUAUCUCCCACGAACCCUGGUUAACAUCGUGGCCAGUCCAAACGUCGACAUCCUGACCCAGUUCCGGGGCAAGCCGCAGGAGUGCGUCACGCUGCACGUCCUCGAAUGUCCCUGCUUCAUGGCCACGCGGUUCGCAAGCCAGCGCCAGCGGUACAUCAAGAUCAUCGAGCGCUGGAACCGGCUGCAGGAGGACAUUGCCAACCGGACGGAGUUCCACAGCAAGCCGGACUUUAGCGUCGUAGUGCAGCCGUUCAUCAGCGAUCUGAGCUUCCCGAAGAAGCCAAACGGCGACACCGACUUUAGCUACAUGUCCUACGACUGCUUCCACCUGAGCCAGAAGGGUUACGCCCGGUCGGCGAACGCCCUCUGGAACAACAUGUUCGAACCGGUCGGACGGAAGGCCCACGACUGGGAGCAGGAAUUUUCGCGCUUUAUCUGUCCCACGCCGGAAAUGCCGUACAUUCGCACCAGGGGUAACAGUUAGGAGGGGGUCAACCGCGAGGGAAUCAAUUAUUUUCAGUGAACAAUCUGUGAUAGAGGUGAAAUGAGAGUGGCUUCUAAGCUGCAAAGUUGAAAAGGGGAAUUGGAGAAAAAGGGAGGUCAGGUGAUAAACGCAAACUUAGUGCAAUAGCAAUCCUAUCAAGAGACUGUCAUUUUGCCGUUUAAAUGUAAGUCAGCGUAGGUCAGUUUAAAAUUAAGGGUCUUCCAUCAUCGACGGCAAACAAUCACGCUUGGGAAAUGUUGGAGAGUACAUUUUCUGUAAAAAAAGGUCAUCAAUAAAUUGUUCAAUUGAAAUAAGACUUGGAAUAAACACUGCUCAAUAAGGUAGGUAAAUAGAAAACUUAUUGUUUAUGAGUUCAGAAAAAUAUACAUGAUACUUCGAUACUUUUAAAAUUAUUGUUUUAUUAUGAAAAACGUUAUCAAUUACACCCAAAAUUCAGAAUCGAGAUAAUCGUUCUCUCAAAAUUUAUUGAGGGCUCAGAGCCAAAAUCGAUAGAAUAAUGGUACCAACUCACACCAUCAUAACAAAUGAGUUCAUUCGUUAGUUGAAUCAAUAAAUCUCCAACAAGUGUCAUACAUCGACUUCUGACUUCUCCUUGGUCACCAAGCUGUGGUGGCCGAGGCAGCUAAGUCAUUGGAUUGGUUUGUCAAAGGUCUCUGGUUCGAUUCCCGUUGUCGACACUUUUGGUUUUUUGUUUGACGGAUGAACUUUUUUUGCAAAUGAACCUCGAGAGAAUAGUUCUUUCGCCCAUCUCGAGCUUUGUUCUCUGCGUCCGUGAAUGGUACCACUAUUCUCUCGACUCGAGACCAACAUUCUCUCGGACUAGCGCUGCCAGUUUUGGGUGUAGAAACGUAAGGAACCUUGUCAUUUAUUAUGAUUUAGUUAUUUCAUACAACAAUUUACAACCCUUCCGCUUUAUGUUCGCGAUUAAAAAUUUAUAUAUUU